AAAAAUGAGUGUUUCCAAAGCACAAGGAAUUUAUGGGGUACCUCACAGCACUUUAGAAUACAAGUUCAACUGUUGAUGCAAAAUCAGAGGAAGCUACUAAAAUGGAAAAAGGAAAAUCAGCAUUAAGCACAGUUUUGGAAUCUUUGUGCAAACAUCACCAGCAACAAGUUUUGGCUAUGUUGAAAUUUCUAGUCCAGGAGCAGAAUGCUGCUUCUCUUUGCUGUUGUAGUGCAUCGUGUGCUGUUUCUUCAGAAUCUCAAAAGCCCCUAUUUGAAGAUGAUUUACAUGGUGUAUUCUGUAGUUGUGAAUAUAGGCUGGCAGAAAAGGGGUGUUUACAAAAUGAAAGACCAAGCCCUGGUUUAGUGCCAGCCUGUAUUAAAAAAUUACACUGUUUAUCUUGCCAAACUGUAACUAUUGAGCACAUUAAGACAGUAAUGAAUAGAGAAAUUGCAAAUAGUUAUCAUUCACACAGGUACUGUUCUGGAUUGUUACCAGAUAUUCCCUCUACAAAAUCAGCCUUUCAUAGUCCUCUUUUGUCAAGGGAAGUAUGUGAUCUUUCAGUCAGUUUUAAAGAUGUUUGUAGAUCUCGAAGUCCCUCACCCCCACCAUUAUCACCUGUGCAGACCGAAGAAUUUGAAAAAUUGAAAGAUGUCAUCUCGGAGCUUUCAGCCUUAGAAAAUAACAAACUUGAAACAAACACUAACCAACCUCCAUCUCUAACACCAGCAGAGAUAAGCAUGAACAAGGCUGAUCUUGAAGACAAAAUACAUAAAGCUGAGAAAUCCAGUAACUCUGAUUCUGUACUCUUGGAUGCCAGCAAUAAUUGUACCACAAACCAUGAAAAAGGUGAAACUGCUGUAAUUUUUCAAGAUUUAAUGGAUCGCAUUAAUGAAAAAUUAAAAUCAAUAGAAACUACAGAUGUGACAAACCUUGUAAAAUUAUCAAGCAGUGAUUGUGAUGCAGAUAAUGAUUUUAAGUUGGGAGAUUUAAUAACAUCUCUCUUGCAUAAUGCAAAGGCCAGUGAUUAUAGCUUUAUGGAAUUGCUGAGUCAACAUGAUAAAAAUGUAGAAAAUAAAGUUAUUCAGACAAGAUUUCAAAAGCGUCAACAAACAUUAUUUGCAAUGCACAACUCUUCUGAUUCACCUGUGAUUAGAAGGCAUUCUUUACAGAUAAAAAGGGAACUUGCUAAUCUUGAUGAAAAUUUUAUAAGAAAAAAGUACACUGAAAAAAAUUCAAGAAAAUUGAUACGCAACAAUGGGAUAUUUUCAUCAGAUAAAGAAGAGUUUCAUCAUUGUCAAGAGACUUUUUUACAAAAUUCUAAAAGUUUCCAAGAUAAAAAUUACACUGAAGCAUCAAUUUCACCAAAUUAUACUAUACAGUCAUUGCAGGAACCUCUUCAUAGUUUAGAAACUAAUUUGACUUUAGAUGAAUUUUCAGAAAGCUUUAAAACAACUUCGCCUGAGAAAAUGAGCAUAGGAAAAUCACAGGAGAAACUUGCAGCUGAAAAAAAAACUUUGCAAAAUAAUAGGGAAAAUAGAAAACUAGAGAAUACUCAAACACCUUUGAAAAAUAAUAUUCCUGGACUUCUGAGCAGAACUAAACGAAAUAUUGUGCCUCCAGGUUGGUAUUCUAUAUAUGUAACAAAUAAUUAUGUUUACAAAAAAUCCCGUAAGACCAAAAGAGUAUUGGAAUCCACACAAAAAAAAGAUCCAGUGAAAAAUGUUCAAAUUGAAAGCUCACAAACUGUGGACCUAAACAGAAUUGCAAUGAAUUCUAAUUUACAGGUUCUUGUGGAGCGUUUGGAAGAUACAAUAAAUAUGGCCCAAAAGUCUUGGAAUAAUCAGCCCCUAUCAGAAGGAUAUAAAACAUCCAAGAAGUUGAUAGAAAUUGAUAGUAAAAACCAAAAUGCUGGGAGAAGUGUGACUGUUACUUUAAAUAGAAUGACACAUAAAGAACAGGGUUUAUCAAGACCUGUGAUAACAUCCAGCAAUAUUACCAAAAAUCACCAGAUGCCUACAAUGUAUGUGAAUAACAAAAGACUUGAUAAUCCAAAAAGGGCAUCUAUUUUAGAGACAGGUAGCUUGAUUUCAGGUGUUGAAAGUGUACCAACAAAAUGUGCUAGUAUUGAAAACUCUCCUUUUUCUAACUAUUCUAGUCCUAUCAAACUCAUGUUUUUAUCAGAGAUGAAAAGCAGUGAAGGAGUCAAAUAUACUUUAACUUCAGUUGGUUCUUCACAAUCAAAUGUACAUCCUCCUGCAAAACAUGCAACCUAUCAUAUAACUGGAAAAAAACUAGAAACAAAUGAAGAUAUCCCAGAUGUUAACCUUGAAAAUUACAGUUUUAAUCAUUAUGAUAUUGACACUCUUCAAAGAGAGCUAAACAAAGAAAAUGCAGAAUCCUCUGCAGUAUUUACAGAUGGUUUAAAUAAUGAUAAAUCACAAGAACAACCUAAGGAAAAGUUAAGCAAUGCUGUAGAUUUAUCUUUUAAAAGAAAACCAGGUAGACCUAAAAAAAUAGGCCCCCAAGUUGUGAAACAGAUUAAACGGCCAAUCGGAAGACCACCAAAACCUAAAACUGUUAAGACAGAUGUCACCAUUUGCCAAAAUGAAUCCAUCAGUACUGGAGGAAAAAGCCCAGAAUCUCUCUUAGCAGAAAUAAAAGAAGGUAUUUAUAAAAAAAGCAUUACAGUCACUGUUAUUUAUGGAAGGUCGAGAAGAACAAAAAGGCAUGUUUCUGAAGGAAGUGUGAACAUCAAUAAUAUUUUGUCACUAAAUGAUAAUGUUGCUGAUUUUCCACCUGGCUGUGAUAGUCUCAGAAAUAUUAGAGGACACAAAAUUGACUCAGGUGAACGAGUAAGUGCUGUGUCAAGCUUGACUACUGAAAGUGAGAUCUUGGAGUCUGGUUUUGAAUAUGUUAGACCUAUCAAGAACAAGUCUGUAAUACCUCGACCUUCCAAGAUCAUUAUUGGACCAAAUCAGAAGCCUUUGGCAAUAAUUAGGAAGCCUGGUAGGCCUGCAAAAGUGAAAAUCUCUGGCAUAUCUGUGACUAUUAGCAGAAUUUCACCUCAGGAAAGAGAAAUAAGUAUUAGCAGCUGCUUACCUCCUUUAGAACAGGAGAAGAUGUUAGAAAAAAUCCUGCCUGGAGAAAAGAGUGACCAGCAGUGCAGUAAGAUGGAUAAAACAAGGCACACUGAAACUGACACAUUUAAGAAUGAAUCAAAAAGUAUGGUUUCUACUAUGCCUUUGAGACAUUCUAUUAGGGAUAGAAAACCACCUCUUCAUUUCUUACAUUCAUUAGCAUCUUCUAGCUCACUUAUUUAUAGAAAUGCUCUGCUUCAUAAGUCAUAUAAACUGCAUUUGCAGAAAGGCAAAACUCAGAAGCAAAAACAUAGGCAGUCGAAGAUAAAAAUAGCUUCCAAACAUACCCCAGGAAGUAGACAUUCAAGGAAUGCAAAAAAGUGUUUGGAAGAUAAUAAAUUAAUACCCAUUUCUGAAGUAUCCUUGGACCCUAUAAUUUCAUCAAACCGUUUGCUCAGAUGGUGGGCUACUUCUACUUCAAAUGAUUCCUUGUUAGAGGAAUUAAACAAUAGAUUUGAUCAGAUAACAAAUGCUUGGGUGCAAGUAAGUGGAGAUGAAGCUGAAAACUUUGCUCAUAAAACAGAAUUCAUUGAAAAUGAUAAUUUCAAAAUAGCAAACCCUUUGGAAACUUGUCUUUUAGAACUUAAAGUUUCACCUGUAAAAAUGCUUUUUCAGAAAAAGUAUGAUUUGAAUGAACUCUGUACCUGGUUUAUGCAAACAACAGAAACACAGUCUCUUUCCCUAGUUAGAAAAGCAAAUGCUCGAAACCCUUUGGAAGUAAUAAAUACCAAGGGAAUUAAAUUAGGGACCAAAUACUGUGAUUUUAAUACCAGUCCCUUCAGAAAGCACUUUAAAAAAUUUGCACUCUCUUCUCCUUCAAAAUCAUCAGAGAAGUUGCAUUUACUGCAUAAAAUGGUUAGCUCUCCCCUUUUAAAUAUGCGAAGUAAUUUAACACUAGCUAGAUUGAAAAGAACUGAGUUUAAGAGGUUGCACCAUGAAAGGUGGAGAAGAGAGGGAAAGCUGCACAACCAUGAAACAGUUGAUUGGAACUCUAAAAGAAGGAAUUUAAGAUUUUUCUGCCAGAACCAAUUUAUGAAUAAGACUGAGGGGGGAAGAAAUGCUGAAAAUCCACUCUGUGGAAAAAGUACAGUGGAUAAUCAGUAUAUUUUGCCACCAGAGAUUUUGCAAGAGAGGGUAGCAAUGCCUGACUUCCAAAUACAUUCUAGUUUAGAAAAUAAACUUAAGUCAAAAGCAAAGGAGAAUGGGACAAAUUGCAGCCAAAAAGAUCUUGAAAAGAGACUAAGACUAGGAAAUGUAUGUCCCAAUAAUUGGAGAUCAAAAGCCCUAAAAGAUUGUAGGAUAUUUUUGAGGAAGAUCAACUGUCUUGAGCACAGGAAUACUUUUAAGUUAAAUUCAAUCAUUUACUCUCCUGAAUCUGUUGACAGUAGAAGUACUCAUCAGACACAUGCAGAAGAAUCAAAGCGGUUUACCUUAAGAUCCCAUUCUGCUAGGCAAAAUCCUUUAAAAAUACAAACUAAAGAAAUAGAAAAUACUAAUGCAAAUAGCUCUUCAACCAAUAAAUUAACUGAUGAACUUGGCAAUAGUAAGUUGAGUAAAUGUGUUAAUUUUGACAAGAAUCCUGAUAGUUCUGAAGUCCUUAGCAAAUUGAACAAAAGAAAAAGACCACCAUGGAAGACCACAGAAAUGUCAACAAAAAGACAUAAACGACAGUCUUGCAACCAUGGACAAAUGGCAAACUGUUUUUCAAAAUCCCAACUGGGUAAGUUUUUCUCUACUUAA